CUUGGGCGGAGGCUGCGCAGGGGCGCGCGGGGGCCACCAUGUCGGACCCGGCCGUGUGCAGCUACAUCGCGAAGCUCCUGUGCGCCAGCGGGGGCCGCAUGGAGCAAGCCGUGCUGGUGCAGCAGCUGGAGCUCCCCGAGGAGCAGCUGCGCCAGAUCCUCGAGGAGGUGGGCCAGGAGAGGUUUCUGGUGCGCGCGCAAGGGCCGUCCACUUGGGUGCUGGCCGUCUCCCCGGUCCGGCUCUGCGUGCGGAAAGAGUGCCCCGGCUGCGAGCAGCUCCACCUCUGCAAGCUCAACCUCAAGGGCUGCUGCCGAGUCAGGGCAUGCAAGUAUUCUCAUGAAGUUUUUUCAGAGGCUAACCGAAAAACCCUGAAGGCUCAUGAACUUUCUGGGCUCAAUGAGAAUGAACUGCGUGUUCUCCUCCUCCAAAACGAUCCUUUUCUCUGGCCUGAUGUAUGCAAUUUCUACAAUAAAGGGGAUGGGAAUUGUGCCCAGCAAGAUAAUUGCACCAAGCUUCACAUUUGCCGGCAUUUCCUGAGAGGGGAAUGUAGGUUUCCUAAGUGCAAGAGGUCUCACAACCUUUUGCAACCAAAUGCUCUGAAGCUGUUGCUCGAAGGAGGAGUGGAUGAUCGAGUGGCCUGGAACAUCCAGACAAUCUGCGAACACAAAUGUGCUGUGCUGUCCAGAGAAUUGGGUCUUCGCAGGGGUAAUUUCCCAAACGCAAGACCUGCAUCAAGUUCAGAAAAAUCAAGUGCAGGAAAUCUGAGAGAAGCCAGACUUGUGCAAGCAUCUAAUAUACCUAAUCUCAUGGACCUCAACCUAGGCACUGACCAAGAUGUAAAAGCCACUCCUCGUACUAAAUCACCUCAGAAUGCAGAGAAGGAGAAAAGUGAUGAGAUAUGUCUUUUCUAUGUCUGGCGGUUCUGCAAAAAUAAAACUAACUGUAGCAUGAUUCAUUACGAUAUGCCUUAUCGAUGGCAGGUGCAGACUGCAAAUGGUUGGAAGGAUUUGCCCCGAAGAGAGGAAAUAGAAAAAGCUUAUUCUGACCCAAAUAAUACCAGUACUUCAGAUCCAGAAUACAUCGAUUUCAGCACCAUGACCACUUCUGUGUCCCGUGUUCGACGUCUGUCCACCCCAUCAUCUGUCACCAAACCUCCUAAGUUUGUAAUGACGACAAAGUGGCUUUGGUACUGGAAGAAUGAACUGGGCCAGUGGAUUGAAUAUGGGACGCAGGGUGGACAGCUCCAGGGCUCCAAUUUAGGUUCUGAUGAUCUGGAGAAUUUAUUUCUAGCCGUUCCAGAGGGCAGUAUCCCGUUCAAAGCUGGCUCCCAGCAAUAUGAGAUCAGCUUUAAAGAUAUGAAACAGAGAAACUUGAAGUAUCAAACUGAGAGAGAGGUUCGGAGACGCCCCAAGUUUGUUUCCUCUGAAGAUGUAAAGACAAAGAAGGGCCACACAAAUCAUGCUCCAGCAUCUACUCCAUCCACAGACUAUCCAAACACCUGGGAUAAAUCAGCACUACCUCCAAUUGGGUACAAGGUAACUGAUUUACUGCAGGAAAGGAGAACUAACAGUGACUGACAAGGAGCAAGACCUUCAGGGUGUAGUUGAUUUCUUAGUGAAGAUUUCUGUUGUUCGCCAAGAUACUCAGCACUUGUCAGCUGUUCGGUGGGUGGGAGGGAGACUGGGAACCACUGAUAUAUUAAAUGAUAUUGUGUAUCACAUUAGGAUUUUGUAUAUUGUAUAAAUGUUUAAUAAUAUAACAAUUUUUUAAAAAUU